AUGGCGACCCGCGACUUGGCGGUGAUGUACGUCGUCGACGUCGGCGCGCUCGAUCGCGUCGACGCCACGAUGGCGGCGGAGACCUCCGCGCGUGACGUCGUCGGCGCCGCCGUGCACGCGUGCGCGCGCGCGUGGGUGCACGAACGCACAAAGGCGCGCGUCGCCCACGCGUUGGGAUUGACUUUGUACGGAUGCGACGCCACGGCGAACGCGGUGGCGGCGGCGGCGGUGGAAGAGGGGGGUGAUGGGAGCGAGUACGCGGGCGUGGUCACCGCGCGCGCGCUCGAACCGCCCACGACGGCAUCGGGCGAGGCGUACGCGCGGGACGUUCGGGAGACGCGGGCGCGGGCGGGGGGGGACGCGGGCGACGUCGCGGAAGCCGUCGCGGUGGCGUGCGAUGCGUUGAUACGGCGGUACACCGUGGCAGGGGUGAACGCGGCGACGCGUAAGCGAUUGGCGUCGUGCGUCAAGGAUGUACUGUUGCUCACGGAUGACGUCGGCGCGAAGACGAUGCCGGGACGCGACGACGAAUUCGUCCGGACGCUGUUGGAGGGCAUGCGCGCGCAGAACAUUCGACUCAAGGUUGGCGUUUUGAACGAAACGGAGUUGGCGCGAACGCAUCUCGGCGUGGGCGCGCGCGUCGCGCGCGGCGACGAACGCCGAGACGCGUUCGCCGCGUUGCGCGACGCGUGCGAAUUCUUAGCUUUAGAUGACGGCGAGAACGAGAGCGCCGUCACGGGCGCGUCGGAUUUACUCUUAGAUUUACAACGCAAGCGCGUUCGGCCGACGGCUGGUUUCAGAGGCGCGCUCUCGUUCGGGUUCAACGCUCGCGUGAACGUCUCGCUGUACAAGCUCAACGCCGAGGCGGCUCCGGCGAAACUGAACAAGUACUCGGAGGAGCUCGCGCAUCGACCCGAGGAGUCACACAAAACGAUGAUUGACGUGGCGUUUAGAAACGUGAACGAUCUCGAUGGCGAGCUCGUGCCCGUGGAGCGACACGUCAAGGCGUAUCGAUACGGUAAGCAGCACGUCCCGGUGGACGCCGAGACGGAGAACCGAUUGUCCGCGCGCUUUGAAAAGGGCAUGAAAGUCAUCGGAAGCAUACGCGCGAGCGAGGCGCCGGCGUGGUUGGUCACCGGUGAGCCAUCGUUGUGCGUUCCGCAACAGAGCUCGAAGACGACGGGAUUGAGCAAAGAGCGGGCGGAUGCGGACGCGCGCGCGCUGAGCGCGCUCGCGCGCGCGCUCGACGACGCCGGUCUCGCGUUGUUAGUGCGCGGCGCUUGGACGGAAUCGACGUCGACGAUUCACAUCGGCGCGCUCACGCCGCGGAUUUCCGACGAAGGGGACUUUCUCUUGUUCACGCCUCUGCCGUUCAAGGAGGAUUACAACGAGUACGCCCUCCCGCCGGCGCCUCCGGGCGCUCGGAUCGAGGCGAGCGAUCCGCGUCUGGAUUCGGCCCUCGAUUUCGUACGCGCGAACGCGCUCGGGGACGACGCGACGAUGCCUUGGGAGAGUUUGAAUCCAACGUUACGCGACCAGCGUCGACUGUUCGAGGCGAGAGCGCUCGGAGAGCACGCGACGGCGAUCGAACCGACCGCUUUAGAGUUUGCGGUCGCCGAGGCGCCGUCGGUCGCGUUCGCGAAACGAUUCAACUUGGACGCGGGACCGGGACCGGGACCGGGACCGGGACCGAGCGAGCGAGUGAAGAUGCCGCGCGUACACGCGGGUGAAGACGCGCGCGCGAAAUCGCCGUCGGCGGGAGGCGUCACGGCGCCGCGCGUAGAUGACGUCGCGUCGCCGUCGGCGAAUGACGACCCGUUCGCGCGACUCGAAGACGUCAAGAGUGAGCUCGAGGACGACGCGCCCGCGACGACGCCGCCCGAUGUAGACGUCUUCGACGACAUGGACUAG